GAUACUCCAGGACAAGCGCUUCUCAGACGUGCACACCUCAGAAGAUUUCGGUCUGAAUCAAACACAUUAAACAAGCGUGAUGGUCAGUGUGUGCAGGCUCUUGCUGGUUGCUGCCUUGCUGCUGUGUUUGCAAGCACAGCUGUCUUUCUCUCAGCACUGGUCUCAUGGCUGGUACCCUGGAGGAAAGAGAGAAAUCGACUCCUACAGCUCACCAGAGAUAUCUGGGGAGAUUAAACUGUGUGAAGCGGGAGAAUGCAGCUAUCUCAGGCCACUGAGGACCAACAUCCUAAAGAGCAUCCUGAUUGACACCCUUGCAAGGAAAUUCCAAAAGAGGAAAUGACCUCAUCAGAACAUUUCCUGGCAUCAUACAUAGCUACUUUAUUCCUUCUUCCCACUGGUCUGGACGAAUGCCUCGGCUAAUCAACCUGUGGGUGUGAGCAUGUGUGUUUACUUUUAUGUAGGUUUAGCAUUAAGCUUUUUCGUCAUCUGUGUAUGAAGCAGCUCUGUGAAAUGCAUCAUGUGAUUCAAUAAAAUUUUUAUUUUGG